AUGGCUGGAGUACUAGUUGACGUUCUGAUACAACGUUUGGCUACGCUCGCCCUUGACAAGGUCGAACGAGAGCUGAAGCUGGUGGUUGGGGUUAAGCGAGAAAUCAAAAAUCUCACCAAGAAACUCAUAGCUAUUCGAGCUGUGCUGGAGGACGCAGAGCAGAGGCAAGUGAUGGAAGCCAACGUGAAACUUUGGCUAGAUGAGCUAAAUGAUGUUUCCUUCGACAUGGAUGACGUGCUGGAUGAGUGGAUCACUAGAGUUGAGAAGCAUCAAUUGGAGAAACAAGAAACGGAAGGUGCUACUGUUGUUGUGGCUACUAAGAAGAAGGUAUGCUUCUCCUUUCCUCCCUCUUGCUUUCGCUUCGGCCAAGUCAAUUACCAGUUAUUUCUUCGUCGUGAAAUUGCUAAGAAGAUAGAGGAACUGAAUGAAAGGUUAGAUUUGAUUGACAAAAACAAACAAAGCUUUAACUUUCAACAAAACACCCCAAGGUCAGUUCCCGAACUACUUCAAAGACCACAAACUACUUCUUUUCCCAAUGCUGAAACAUUUGGUCGAGAUUCAGAGAAAAACCUUCUAAUUAGCAAGCUGCUAAGUGAGAGUAGUGAAGAAAGCAAGGUUCCUCUAAUCAUCCCCGUUGUAGGGUUGGGGGGAAUGGGCAAAACAUAUCUUGCCAACUUGGUCUAUAAUGAGAUCAAAACUCAUUUUGACAAGAGCAUAUGGGUAUGUGUCUCCGACCCUUUUGAUGAAAUCAAGAUUGCUCAAGCUAUAAUUGAAGAGUUAGAUAAAGAUAAUUCAUCAAAAUCCUCAAAUGUGUUGCAAACCUUGAUGCGAUGUAUAUUUGAUUUGAUUAAGGGUAAAAAAUUCCUUCUUGUCUUGGAUGAUGUUUGGUAUCCAAAAUCUAGUCAAUGGGAAGAAUUCAUCAAACCUUUACGCAAUGGCGUUGUGGGCAGUAGGGUAUUGGUGACGACUAGAAAUGAGGAUGUUGCUACAGAUGUAAUGAAUGCAACUACUGAAUUGGUUACUUUGAAGGGGUUAGGGGAAGCAUCUUGUUUGUCACUGUUCUAUCACAGUGUAGGCAUGGUUGAGAAUAGUGUGUCCAAAGAGUUUCAUGACAUUGGGUUAGAGAUUGUGAAAAGAUGUAAUGGGUUGCCUCUUGCUGCAAAGACGUUAGGAAGCCUCAUGCGUAAUAAGAAAAAUAAUAUUCGUGAAUGGCGAGAUGUUUUAAAUAGUAAGACAUGGGAACUGAAAGAGGUACAACAAGAUGUUUUUCGGCCACUACUAUUAAGUUAUCAUGAUUUGCCUCUUCCAACCAAACAAUGUCUUUUGUACUGUGUUCUAUUUCCAAAAGAUCUUGUGUAUGAUAAGAAUAGUUUGGUUGAAUUGUGGAUGUCGCAAGAUUAUUUGAAUGACAAUGGAAGUAAAGAAAAGAUGAUAGUUGGUCAAAAUUAUUUUGAUGAGUUAGUAAUGCGGUCAUUCUUUCAAGAUAUUAAGGUAGAUGAGAGGAAUGGAAACAUAGAAUGCAAAAUUCAUGAUAUUGUACAUGACUUUUUGCAAUAUUUGACCAAGAAUGAAUGUUUGAUCUUAGACGUUGAGAUGGAUGAUAGGAAGAGAAAAAAGGUGCCAUAUGAUAAAAUCCGUCAUUUUACUUCAAUUGAGUCAACCGACAGAGACAUUUUGAAACAUUUUCUCCCCAAUUGUAAAAAAUUACGUACAUUGGUACAUUUAUGUUCAAACUCCAUUUCCAUUGAUGCAUGGGUAGAGAUGAUAGUUGAAUUGAAAAGCCUUAGGACAUUAAUAUUGUUGGAAUGGCCUUUCGAAGAAAUUCCUGAGACGAUAGGCGGGUUGAUACACUUAAGGUAUCUUGAUUUAUCCGGUAAUGAGGAGUUGAAAGAAUUACCGAGCGCCGUGGGUAGCUUAUACAACCUGCAAACCUUGCGACUUGUUGGUUGCGACAGUCUAACGAGAAUAGAUGUGCGGAGACUGAUUAACUUGAGGCAUCUCUAUGUUAAAGGCAGCUUAUCACUGAGGUUAAUUAAAGGGAUUGAGAAAUUAACACAUAUGCAAAGACUGGAUUGUUUUAAGGUCCGAGACGGAGGUGAUGAAGGAGGAAACAAGUUGGAACAUUUGAAAGACUUGAACCAGCUUCAAGGGAGUCUUGUGAUUUCUAUUGAUAGGUUACCCAGUACGGCGGAGAAUAAUGCAGCAAUUAUGAAGAAUAAGGCCCACAUCUUGGAAUUGUGUCUAUUUUUCAAGGGCAGUACUGAAGAUGACCGACCAAUUAUGAAUAGGUUAGAGCCGCAUCCAAGUCUGGAAUCUCUGACCAUAGCUGGGUAUAAAGGCGGCACCUUUUCCGAUUGGUUGUCGUCUUUACACAGCUUGAGAUUCCUCAGCCUUUACAAAUGCCUAGGUUGUGAUAUUUUGCCUUCUUUGGGGAAACUGGCGUCCCUUGAAUCAUUGGAAAUUGAGAAACUCCCUAUAGUCUCAAAGGUAGGAGUUGAGUUUCUGGGAAUAGAACAAGGGCAAACCUCCUCCUCGUCCUCCGUUUUCGUUUCAUUCCCCAAGCUCAAACAACUCACAAUUCAAUUCAUGGACUCGUGGGAAGAGUGGGAAGGAGUGGAAGAGGGGAAUUCUGACAACAUUACAAUCAUGCCAUUCCUUGAUCAGUUGACAAUCGUUGACUGCAAGAAGCUAAAAGCACUGCCGGACUUCCUGUGGAAGACACCUCUACAGGAAUUGAACAUCAGCGACUCUCCCAUUCUCCAAAACCUUUACGGACAAGAAAAUGGCGAGGAGCGGACCAAGAUUUCUUACAUCCCAAGCAUCCAGAUACAGGAACUUUUUGGUACAUUUCCUUCCAUGGCUUCAGCUUCUCUUAGACAAAUCACAUUUUUAAGAGCAAAAGGCAAAUUAUCCACCUGGCACGUUUUCCAUGGUAUGUCACUAUUGGAGGGCAGAAGGAAACAUCAAUUGAGGACCAUCACUUCAGGCAUGAUUUGGCAGAGUUAUAUUUGCACUGACCAGACGGCUAUGAGGGUACUGAAAGAGGUCAAAGACUCCAAGAUCUUACCGGUUUUUUAUACAUGUGCCUACUCAGACACUCAUCUCCUUACCAGUUUUGGCUCUUUAUUUCUUCUGCUGGUGUUGUUCAAGAUACAGGGAGGAAGCUCAAAACUCCAAGUUUAUAUAUGUACUCCUCAACAAGUUGCACAGCAUCAAUUUGCAUUUCAAAUUCUAACACAGAAAUUGGUACGCGGAGAUAUGACAUAUGAGGAACCUUGGUCUAGCAGUUUCAAGACAGUUCCAUCCCAUCUGCAAGAGAGAUUAAAACGUCAGGUUCUGGAAUACCAAGCAUAUCUGAUGAAAAAAGUUCAGAUCUCUCUGGAAAAAAAAUUAGCAGCUCCAGCAAUGUCUCUGAGCAGUGAACUUUGCCUGUUUAUUUUCACAACUGUGGACACAAGGAUAUUGGUGUUCAAGGGUGUUGAUGGUAGAUAUACCGCAAGCAUAAGCAACGACCUCGUAGACCGUUUUCCGGCCACGAAGGGCCCCGCCCCCGACAUGCUUCUGGUAGACUGA